AAGCCACAGCAGGCGCAGCACAACACGACACGAACAAACGGAGGUUACAGGAUCAAGGAAUACCGCCCUCCCUCCACCCAUAUCAUUUCGAGAUUCGCUGUUCGUCCCAUCCUUCUUCCCAUCUGGACUACCUCUCCAUCUCGCCCUUUUUCCUCGCCGCUCCAGUUUCCUGCAGCAGUGUGCCCGUCCAGCAUCUCGAGGUAGUAAGACCGGGGAGAUGGCGCUGAAACUGUCGCUGCCGGGAGAGAUCGGAGGUCUCUCCUUCUUGGAAUCCUGCGGACGCACGUUUCCGCAGCUCAAAGUGGGGUUUCCUUUGAGAAGGAAGGAGAAAGGAACAGUUCCGUCAAGGGGCAGAACGAGCUGCUCGAUACUGCAGGCGCCUCCACCAGCCUGGCCAGGUCGGGCCGUUGCAGAACCGGGGCGCAAGUCUUGGGGUGGUCCAAAGCCUAUUUCAAUUGUUGGAUCCACCGGGUCAAUUGGAACUCAGACGUUGGAUAUAGUUGCUGAACAUCCAGACAAGUUUAAGGUUGUUGCCCUUGCAGCUGGCUCCAAUGUGACGCUUCUAGCUGAUCAGAUCAAGACAUUCAAACCUCAACUGGUCGCUAUAAGAAACGAGUCACUGGUUAGUGAGCUUAAAGAAGCCUUGGCGGAUGCUGAGCACAAACCUGAAAUUAUUCCUGGGGAGGAAGGCAUUGUAGAGGUUGCUCGCCACCCAGAUGUUGUUACAGUAGUUACUGGGAUAGUAGGAUGUGCUGGACUAAAGCCCACUGUUGCUGCCAUUGAGGCUGGAAAAGACAUAGCCCUCGCCAACAAAGAAACUCUGAUCGCUGGAGGUCCUUUUGUGUUACCUCUUGCUCACAAGCACAAAGUGAAGAUUCUUCCUGCUGAUUCAGAACAUUCUGCUGUGUUCCAGUGUAUUCAAGGAUUGACGGAUGGUGCACUUCGACGCGUAAUUUUGACUGCAUCUGGAGGGGCUUUCAGGGAUUGGCCGGUCGAAAAAUUGAAAGAUGUGAAGGUUGCAGAUGCUUUAAAACAUCCAAACUGGAACAUGGGGAAAAAGAUUACUGUGGAUUCUGCUACUCUCUUCAACAAGGGACUAGAAGUUAUUGAAGCACAUUAUUUGUUUGGGGCUGAAUAUGACAAUAUAGACAUUGUAAUUCAUCCGCAGUCUAUAAUACACUCGAUGGUUGAGACACAGGAUUCAUCUGUACUGGCUCAGUUAGGUUGGCCUGAUAUGCGCCUACCAAUUCUCUACACGUUGUCGUGGCCAGACAGAAUUUCUUGCUCAGAGAUCACAUGGCCUCGACUUGAUCUUUGCAAGCUAGGUUCAUUAACCUUCAAAACUCCUGAUAACGUAAAAUACCCAUCCAUGGAUCUUGCCUAUGCAGCAGGGCGAGCUGGAGGCACCAUGACAGGUGUCCUUAGUGCAGCUAAUGAGAAGGCUGUGGAGAUGUUCAUCGAUGAGAAAAUUAGCUAUCUAGAUAUCUUCAAAGUAGUCGAACUUACAUGCGAUGCUCAUAGAAAUGAUCUAAUUGCCAACCCUUCACUCGAGGAGAUCAUACACUAUGAUUUGUGGGCUCGGAAAUUUGCUGCCAAUUUACAGCCAGCAUCUGGCCUGAGUCCUGUUCCUGUGUGAGCCUCAUGGUUCUUCGAAUCGAUUGUUGUCCGGGGUUGUGACCUUUGGGUACCGGGUAGUAGGUCCUAUCAAUUACAUUUGUGGGUGUAUAUUUAAUGGUCUUAUUCCAAUGUACUGAAGCACCCAUCACGAUGUGACGAUAAUGAUCAGAAAUAUGCAAUUAUUUUUGUCGAUCUA